AGUGAAAAUGGAAUCUGUGCGGAGUCUGGGUGCUCCUUCGAGCACACCAAAUUGUAGUGUGGACAGAUUAGUGCGUGUGGGAUAUUACGAACUAGAACGAACAAUUGGGAAAGGAAACUUUGCCGUUGUGAAACUGGCGACACAUGUUGUGACGAAAACGAAGGUUGCGAUAAAAAUAAUCGACAAGACGAAACUGGACGAGGAGAAUCUGAAGAAGAUUUUCCGCGAGAUCCAGAUAAUGAGGAAGCUGCGGCACCCGCACAUCAUAAGACUGUACCAGGUGAUGGAGACGGAGAAGAUGAUCUACCUCGUGACGGAGUACGCCAGCGGAGGCGAGAUCUUUGAUCACCUGGUGGCGAACGGCAGGAUGGCGGAGAAGGAGGCGCGGCGCGUGUUCGCGCAGAUCGUGGCCGCCGUCAGCUACUGCCACCGACGGCGGGUCGUGCACCGCGACCUCAAGGCCGAGAACCUGCUGCUCGACCACAACUGCGACAUCAAGCUCGCAGACUUCGGCUUCAGCAACCACUACCAGCCCGGCCAGCUGCUGUCCACGUGGUGCGGCAGCCCCCCUUAUGCCGCCCCCGAGCUCUUCGAGGGCCGCAAAUAUGACGGACCCAAGACUGACAUAUGGAGCCUCGGGGUUGUCCUGUAUGUGCUGGUCUGUGGAGCCCUCCCAUUUGAUGGCCGCACACUGCAGUCUCUCCGUACAAGGGUUAUCUCGGGCAAAUUUCGGAUUCCAUUUUUUAUGAGUGCAGAAUGUGAACACCUCAUCCGCCAUAUGCUGGUUGUCGACCCAGAGAAGAGGCUCAGCAUAAAACAAAUUCUGAAUCACAAGUGGAUGACUCAGGGGGAAAUUCAGCCCAGCUUGCAGAAAAUAAUUUCAGACUUGGAUCAGCCAGAGGAUCUACUUGAGAGCCCCGAGCCUCUGAAUAAUCUGGUCAUGGAGCACAUGUUGAAACUGCCAGGCCUCGACAAGGAUAUGAUUGUGCAGUCUGUGCGAAAUCAUGGCUUUGACCACAUCAGUGCCAUCUACAGUUUGCUGGUUGACAAACUGGAGAAGCGUAGACUGAUAAGUUCCAGUACGGGAAGUCUACCAGUAAUUCAGAGGAAAGCGAGCAUAACAACAGGUGUGGUAGACCGUAGCCCUGUGGGUGACGGAGAGACGGAGCAGGGCGCUGGGUCUCCCCUCGUAUCCAUGCCAACCAUCCCUGCUGUCUUCUUGCUGGAAGACCCUGAGUCGCUGGAGAAGUUUGGAGAUGUUGACAUGCCUAUGGAAUCUGAAUCAGAGGAAACCUCACGACAACCAAGAAGUGGUUCUGGAGUGGAUCGGUACCUAACUGCAAGGAGACACACAGUUGGGCCAGGAGAUACAGCUCACGAGCAGGUGCUGGAGGCGCACUACAUCGGACUGGACGCAGGUGCAGGUGGUGCCAUGCAGCAGCUCAACAUCCUGCCCAACACGAACCUGCCACUGAACAUUCCGCUCGUGCAGCACCAGCCACCGCAGAACUUCAGCAUCAAGGACCAGCACCUGCUGAAGCCUCCCACUGUCAUGGGGGCCAUUGGUGGUUUCGGCCGAGCAUCGGAUGGGGGAGCGAACCUGCAAAUGUUUUUCAGUCGUCAGAUGGAAGGCGUGUGGAGCCAACCGGGCAGUCAGGAGCACCUCCAGCUUCUGCAGCCAGGAAGUCCUACUCUCUCCCAGCGUUCACAGCCCAUUGCUGCUGCUAAUGGCAGCCCGGAGGGCAUCCAUAUGUCGGACAGUCUUCCCACUGAGGACCUGCCUGACGCACAUGAUGUGGCGAGCUGGUCGGCCGGGCAGCAGCACGAGCUGGAGGCAGCUGCUAGUGUGCUGAGGUGCAGCGAUGCCCACAGGUACAUGGAGUGGCGCGGCAAGGCGAAGCGGCACACGCUGGCCAUGGCGAGCUCCGAGGAGGUGCAGGAGGCACAGCGCAAGAUGCGCACGCGCCGUACUGGCCUCCCUACGGUCACGGAGCGCCCCCCAGAAAUUAGCCCAGAAGUAGUGUCUGAAGUAGAGGCGCGCAUGCGCCGCAAGUACCCAGUCUUACCACCACCACCACCACCCGCCAGCAGGUUCCCUCGCCACAAGAAACUUUCUGGCCUCGCCACAGUUCAGGAGGCAAAUAAUCGACCAGUGAGGGAUAGCUUCAAGGAGGUGAACAGCCUGCACCUGCCCCAGGAGAGGUACAGCCCCGUGCGGAGGGCCAGCGAGGGCUGCCCCUCCCCGUACCGCAGCCCCCAGCACCAGCACCAGCUGCAGGCACAGCAGGACGUCUUCGGCCGGGAGGGCAAUGUCAAGGCCCUGCAGCAGGAGUACCAGCAGCUGCAGCGACACAGUGGCAGUGCGGGCGACGCCCACGAGCUGCAGUUGCGCCACUCGCUCCACAUGCAGCAGAUGUUGGGCGGCUCCCCUCUGCGGUCAGCGACGCCGUCUCCGCCGACCACGCAGAGCCCUGCCUCUAUACCCGGUUCCCCCAUACACCAGCAAUGCUGCGGUGGUGCAGAGUACCCACAGUCGCCGACCUCCAGCGUGUGCUGCCUGGCAGCGGGGCUGAGUGGGCUGUCCACGGGCGGGGUGCCACUCGCACUCGACCUGCGAGUGACACCGUCGCCCCCGUCGAUGUCGCAGGCACCGCCGCUGGGCACGAUCCGUGAGGAGCUCAACCGGCAGAGCCGACAGCAGCACCGGCAGAUGCACCCGCAGAUUAGCCUCACAGACGAGAUGGGUGACGAGGUCACCCUUGUCGCGCCUCCGCACUACUACUGCCCGCCCUCGCUGCCUCCGCCAUUUGCGAUACCCGGCCCGUGUGAUCCCGGCCGCCCGUCCAUAGUCCGAGGAAUUGGACGCCAGCGCCUUCCGACAGUCACGACUGGCGAGAUUCGGCGGGAGCAGUAUGCCAGGAAUCACCCUUCGCUGCAUCACACAUUCCCGCCACCUUCGGGGGUGGACCUUGAAGUGACGUCGCCACCUUCUUCACCUCCGUCACCUCAGGAUGGUGUCGUUGCUUCUGAGCUGCAAAAGACAUCUAGCGGAUCAUUCGAGGUGGCACUGUCGGAUUUUUGUUCACGACUCGAUGCAGCAGAUAUUCUCGGUCUGGUCAAGAGUAUUAUAGACACGCGCGCACCUCCGUCGAGCUUUGCAUACGGAGGCGAGUGGGGCUCGACGGACGGAUGUGAUGAUGAUGGCGGUGGUGGUGGACUCGCCCUGGAGUACCCGGGCGGUGUGCAGAUUGAGCUGAGGGUGUUUGGUUGUGAGUCUAAGGGUCUGAAAAUGCGUAGAAUAUCCGGUGACCACUUACAGUACAGCCAGCUGUGCCAGGAACUGGUGUCUUGCAUGUCUGUCUGAAGGUUGCGUUUCAGUUCUGUGACGAGUCUCUCGAGGUAUGAUUCAGAUGCUAAUACCUCUGCUGUCACUAAAGAGAAAUUCCACGAGCACUAGAAAUGUGCUUUCGUGAGUGCCAGAUGUACAUUUAAUGGCAGUUUCAUGUAAUGGAGCCAGUAUUGUCAAAAAGUGAUUCUUAUUUUUGGUACAGAAUUAAUGUGUCUUCUCUUUUGAAUAGUUAUUCUGAUAUGUAAUACAUGUGAACUGCAAGUAAUUUCUUGACCAGUGUCAAAAUUUGCGAGAGCAUGUGCACAUAUUUAUUGACGUGCCCUACACGGGAAUGUAUUUUCUACCACUUUUAAUUCUAUAUCGUAAAAAUAUUUCAUUUAAUGUGCCUUUCUACUUGCUUAGUAGCUGGGAUGUCAGAGUAGACACUAAAGACAUAGAUUUAUUGUCUGGAGUGCCCAUUCAGCCAAAAAGACGUAAUUGAGUGAUACUUUGACAGUGAUAUUCCCUAAUGCCCUAAGUGGAAGUAUAGUACUGUCAGUCAUUGUGAUAGAAUAAAUGAUUAUUAAAGACUUACAUACUUCAUAAGCUAUGAAUGGCAGAAGUUCUGACAGAAGAUGAGUGUUAUACAUGUUCAGUUUAAAGAAACAUUUGCAUAAAAAACUACUUACUCUUGUUAAGUCUAUGACUUGUCCACCAAGCAAUUGCUUAUCUUUGACAGUGGCAAAUUUACUUGUCCUUAAAAACAACAGUGUCUGUUAUUAAAGAAUGAUGAUCCACAUCUUUCUGACAAAAAUGAGGUUACUCAUAUCCUAACACACAGCAGUAAAACUGUUCCUAGGAAUCAGUACCACUGUCACAGGCAGAUGCUGUUGAUAAUGUAGCAUUUUAUGCACAUUUGAAACAAGGUUCUGUUAGCGAGUGUCAUAAAGGAGAUCUGUGUAUGUAUUGCAGUGAGCCUCUGCUUAUGGAUGUGUUAUCUGCAGAAAUAACACCAGUUUGCUCACAAGCACUGUCAGAACUCUGUGCAAUGUUAUUGUGUUGGACAUUCUUGAAGUUUCAUUGUCUGGGACGUCAAUGAAUUACUUUUUUCUGUGAAAAUGCCACUAUAUUAUUUGUGGGAAAUGAAUAAUUUCUACAUCACUAUGGUCCUGAAUUUUACUCUUGUAUGAGUUAUGGAAUGUGACUUAGAGAAUGAUGGAUAAGGACUUUUUUCCUUUUUUGGAAAAGUGAGAAAGCCUUUUUUAGUAGCAUCACCUUGUUGUAAGUGUUACUUUCAAUAGUAUUGUGUGUGUGUGUGUGUGUGUGUGUGUGUGUGUGUGUGUGUGUGUCAUUUUUGUUAAAAGGCAUUGUUCACAUCAGGAAGAAAAACCACUCCUCAAGGAGUUGAUUCAAUGACGUUAUCCCUGACAGGUGAUUUUAUGGCAUUCCAUUAAUUUCUUCUGCAUGAACCUUCAAAAUACUUUUAUCUACA